GUUAGUUUAUUCUAAAAAUUUCUUUCCCGCCGAAACGAAACAAUGUAAUGAUAAACAAACAACGUAAUUGUUAAGUUAAUCGAUUAACUUUAAAAAAUAUAAUGCUAACAAAAAAAAUGUUCAUCAGAUAAAAUGUGAACACAGAAAUUCAUUAAAAGAAUCUAUUUUUUAAAAAGUUAACCUUGUUUCUAAAUGUUUUUAAAAAUCAUUGUUAUAAGAAUUGCUAUACAUUGGUUUGUUUCAAAUAUUAUUCGAUAAAAUGGGUGAUUACACAUUUAAUUGUACUGGAAAAGUGAAUAUAAACGACUUUAAUAUUACUAAAAGUGGUUUUAUGAUGAAAGGUGUAUUGGAAAGCAUCACAGAAUUAAACAGUAGAGAAAACACAACAAACGAGGUCAAUGUCAAACUGUUUGACCAUGAUCUUCCUACUUCAACUAGUGUUUUACACCUUGAACAUUUGAUCAAGUGCAUGGAGAUGCAAUUAAGAAUAAUCAAUCGAUAUGAAAGUUUUAAUAUGCAAAUUCUCGAUAGUACUCCAGAUGAUCAAAUAGAUUUAUAUUCAUUGAGAAAAUCAAUAUGCGAUUUUGUUUUUCACAUUAGCCUGUAUAUGAAAAAAAUUGAAUCUGAGAGUAUACGUUCAGAAUGUACAUUGAUUAUGAAUUUUUAUGAUCAGAUUGAAAAAAUAUUAAUAGUAAUAAGGAAAUUCAUCAAUCGAUUACGUUCAUUAUCAGCGUCUAUUUUUUAUUACGCUGUUUCUAACAUAGGGAAUAAAUGUGUUCAAGCAGAAUUUCAUUUAUAUCACAUGCAUUUAGAAUUACGAUGGUUACUGUUCAUUCUAGUAUACAUCAGAGCUUCUAAAUGCAAUUCCUUAGAGUCUUCAAGUUCCAUCAAUGACUUACAUCAAACAUUUGAAUUGAUAAUUGAUGAUUUAAUUUAUAUUUCUUACAAAGUUUUUGAACGGAUCAAUACAUCUGAUUUAAGAAUAAAAAGCCCUUACACUUGUUCAUGUGUCAGAGAAUUGUGGCUGAUAAUCCAAAUAUUAAUUGAAAAAACUCAUGAUCACAUGAAUAUUAAAGAUUUUUGGGAAUAUAUUAAUUUAUCAUUAGAAAAACUUCCUAAACAAAAAAAUGAGAUGUUUAGUAUUUGGAUGAUUUAUCACCUCACUAUUUUGCAAGGAUACAAUACAGAUUUUCACUAUAUUGGAGCAACAUCAUCAAGAAUUAAUCCUAAUUAUGAUAAAAUUGAAAGAAUACUCAAGUCUUAUUCCAACAGAGUUAUUAGCAAUGAAGUCGUAAGGGACGAUGUUGAUGAAGAAUUGAAAAUAUUAAUUCCUUUAUUAAAAACUUUGAGUCUCGAGUGGUGGCCCUUUAAAGUGAUGGUGAUAAAUUAUUUAUGGGAAUGUUUUCACAGACGGCUGGACCGGUCAUUUUUAACUCAAUAUUCAGGACUCUGGACCGUAUCAAUUGAUAAAAAGUCACCUCAUGAUAUCCUGAAACAAGUUAAGGAAAGAAUCAGCAAUCAUGGUGAUCAAAAUGAGUCGUCUUAUGCUAUGUUUUUAAGAUUCUUAGGCAUGGUACUGUUGAAAAAGAAUGAUAAAAAUGAUUCCAAGUAUUGGCAUCAGAUGAAAGGUCGUAUCUGUUCAAAAUUUACAAAAGCAAAAGUAGCUGAAUUUGGACAAUCAGCGUUAGUUAAUUUUAUUUCAUUAUUUUUAACUGUUGCUGUAACUACUGAUGCUGCAAAUGUAUGUUCCAUUAUGCUCAAUCUUCUUCCAGAUAUACACCCGGAACGUGAUAAGAAAGAAUUUGACGAUUCUGAUAAAAAAUCACUUAUUAACUGGAAUGGCCAAUUAGUAGUAUUAAUUAUAUACAUGGAAAAUAAUUUAAAUUUUGAGAAAAUCACGAAUAAAUUAAUUGAAGUAAUAAAUUUAAUCAGUUGUAGGAAAAACGAACUAUCGAGAAAUAUGAUGGCAAAUUAUGUUGAUACUUUAAAUUAUAUUUUAGAAUCAAGCGAUAAACUAGAAUGUGGAGAAUAUCAUUUGAUUGGUGGCUGGGUUGAUAGAUAUUUAUUGGAAUGCCCGAAAAAUAGAAUUGGACCAAUUUUAAAAAUGCUAGCAGUUGUUUUUGAAAAAGCUGUUAAUAUUUCUUCAAGCUGUGGAGAGUAUAAUAGUAAUAAUUUUAAUUCCAAAACAAUAUCAAAUAUUGGAGCAACAAAAAUGCUUGAAACACUUUGGUCUGUUGUAGCUGGAAGAAUCCGAACAAUGAUUUUUGAUCAUAAUUUAACUGGAGAAAAUUUUCAAGAAAUUUCUCGAUUAGCUGUUGAUUUUACUGUUGAAGCGUGUAGGAAUCCAUCUAUGGCAUCUGCUCAUAGACAUUCUGCUACAUCACUUUUUCUUCAUUUCACAUCAACUAUUAACGUUAAAGAUGCUAGAAUUAUAAAAUAUUAUGUCUCUAAUAUUCUGAAUAGACCUGAAAUCAUUAACAAUUUUCAAAACAGUAUCAAGAAUUUCAAUAUAAUUAUUAUUCAAGCUUGGUUGAAAUGUUGUAUACAUGGUCAAGACGGCAAUGAUACUGAAAUGAAAACGAUUAAAAAUUUUUUAUUGCAAUUAAAUGAUAUUCAGCAAGUAAUUAUGUUUAGUAAAGACACAGAAGCAUUUAUAAAUAGCCAAGAAUCACUGUUAUUAUAUAUCAUGGCUUGUGCAAAAAAACGAAAUAAUAUUAAAGAGACUGAAAGAAAUAAUUUUGAUAUCAAAAUACGUGGAAUACUUAAUAAUCUAGAUAAAUGGGCUCUCUUUCCAAUUCAAGAAGAAACUAAAGAUACUGAAUUAGCUUUUUGGAUUUAUAGAUGUUUGGGCACAAUUUUCUUGUGUUGUGCAACCAUGUUACAUUCUAAAAGUCAGUCAAGUAUGCUGAGAAAUUUUAUAAACAAAUUUAUCUUACCUUCUAAUGAACAGCUAAGCUAUUUAAAAUACUUAGGAAAGAAAAUUUUCUCCAUGAUAAUCCUUGGAUUUGAAUCCAUUAAUGCUAAAAAUGACAUAAUGCUUAAAAAUAUGAUUCAUGAACUCUUUCAAGCAUAUCUUCCACUUUUAAUUACUGAAAAUGAUGAAAACAAUGUAUCUUUUAAAUUCUCUGAACCUUUGAUGAGAUGUUUUACAGAUGCACAAACAGAAUUUGUCGAGUUUAUUUUUGAUAUUCUAUCAACAGGAUUUAUAAAAAUAGCUAGUGAUAAUUCGAUGCCUAAAUAUUCUUAUUUAGUAAUGGCACUGUUAAAUAUAUUAUUGACGUCUGAUAAUAAUCUAAAUAGUUAUAAUAAUACAGAGAACCAUAAAUUGAAUAAUUUCAAAGAGAUUACAGAAUUUAUUUUAUCCAAAUGUACCAAUAAUAUCAUAGAGGCAUACAUUAAAGUUCAUGGGCUUCAUCCUCAUAGAGCUGCAACUAUCAAUUUUGUUAAAAAUGUCGUGACUAAUCAUCAUUACAAAAAUAAUAUUCUAUUGAGGGACAAAUUUCAGAGUACAAUUUCUACAGUAUUAAUAAACCAUGUUUUAUCACAUUCUCAGGCUGUAUUGCAAUUUAUGAAAUCAAUUUCCGGUGUAGAUAUUGAAAUUGUUAAAUUUAUUAUUCCUCAACUUGAAGUUUGUGCCAAACAAUGGGGAAAUAAUCGUGUCAUUGGAGGAGGAUCCUUACGAUAUCUUAUAACUCAACUUUAUGAUCUUACAAAAAAAUAAUCAAAUUACUCCAAUGGAAUUACUUUAGCAGUGGAGUUGAUAAAAAAAAAGUGGAAAACUAUACCUGGGGCAAACAUAGGUAGUGGACAAAAAUUGAAAUGAUAAAGUAUCUGGGUUCGAAGAGAAUCUAAAUGACGUUGAAGAGAUUGAUUAGUGAUU